AUGAAUCUGAAGUUUCGUGACUUAUUUGAAGAUUUCCAGAGAGCAGUACCCAUGGGAGAGAGCACUAGGCCAACUGGAUUGAAGAAUCUCAUAGCUCAUUUUCCUAAGAAUGCAAACGUACCAGAUAUUGGACCAAAGAUGUACAUUGCUAUGCAAACUUCAGAUCAAAGUGGAUCAUCUGGAUCAACCGGAUGUAAUCCGGAAGGAAUAGAAGGUUGUUCUUUAUGGCAUCUAUAUCAUGCUAAUGAUACGGAGAAAGUACGUAAAUUUCUCUAUGAACAUCAUGCUCAACAAUUAGGGAUCUCGAUUGAAGAGGUUAAGAGUGGAUAUGAUGAUCCAAUUCAUGUGACAAGAACUUACAUUGACGCUGAGAUGAGAAACAAACUGCGCAAAGAAUAUGGGGUGAAAGGCUAUGAGAUUAGACAGAAACCUGGAGAAGCAGUUUUCAUACCUGCGUACACGGCACAUCAAGUCUGUAAUCUAGCGAAUUGUAUCAAGGUAGCUGCCGACUUUGUUUCCGCCAUAUCAAUUGAGAACUGUAUGAAGCUUAAAGAAGAGUUUAGGGAACAAUUGCAUGAACAACCAAAACCUUGGAAAGGCGAUGUUUUGCAAAUGGAACAAAUGCUUCUUUAUGCUUUUGAAUCUUUAGGGAUAAAUAUAGAAGAGUUUGAGUCUGAAAGUUUCAAAGGCUGA